UAUAUAAAAUGAAAUUUGCACGGAGCUCAUCAUAUCGUUGUAGAGCUCGAAAAGACAAUUUCUUGUAUGUGAAUUCCUGUUUUUGUAAAAAUCUGCAUAUUGUAGCUGCACUGACAUUAGUACUUGUCGAUUGUGAGAGAGCACUCUCACCCAUUGUAGGUACAUUGAAGGAUGCUCCAAUACUAGCUCCAGAAUAACCAUCUCAUCAUGAGCACUCAAUUGUUUGUUGAGUGGUUCAUGGCAUCCCUGUAUGCUACUCACUGUGCCUGUGCCUUCAAACAGUUUCACUGGUCGUUGCACAGCUGAUGGGUCGACACGGAGCUUUUUACCAAUUGCACGAUUGCUCCUGACAUUUUUUACGCAGACACAUACUUGCCGAGGGUUAAAAUCACAUAAAUAUUCUACUGCCUCCCAAGCAAGGAAAAUUGGUAAAAUUCGUCUAAUAAAUAUAGGCACGAGGCAAAAAAACAUUUUUGCCGUCUAU